AUACCUGUGGGCGGCUAUUCCAGCGGUUCUUGUCUAUUCUAUUAGAAUCAUAAUUUAGGUUCGAGUCUCAGAAUGAACGGAACUCCGCCCCCUCCACCGCUGGACCGAGAGGAGCACGUCCUUCGUCUCGAUGAUUUCAAGCCAGCAUCCAUAGACACUUCUUGCGAGGGGGAACUUCAGGUUGGCAAAGGAGAUGAAGUAACAAUUACCUUGCCACAUAUCCCUGGUUCUACACCUCCCAUGACGGUAUUUAAAGGAAACAAACGUCCUUACCAAAAGGACUGUGUGCUGAUCAUUAACCAUGACACAGGGGAAUAUGUGCUGGAAAAACUGAGCAGCAGCAUUCAAGUAAAGAAAACCAGAGCUGAGGGCAGCAGUAAGAUCCAAGCACGUAUUGAACAGCAGGCUGCCCGUGCUUCUCAACCCACACCUCAGUUUAAAGCACCUUCCAAAGUAGCUGCUGGGCCUAAAACAUCUCCAUUGAAAGAUCAUCCUUCUCCUGAACCACAGCUUGAUGACAUUAAAAGAGAACUGAGGGCAGAGGUAGAGAUUAUAGAGCAGAUGAGCAGCAGCAGCAGUUCUUCUGAGUCUGGGAGCACCUCUGGGAGUGACGAUGACAGCUCUAGCAGUGGUGAAGAAGAAACACAGGAAUCUCCAUCUCAACAGCUGCCACCUCAACAAUAUAACAGCAGGAUACCUGUUUCUAAUGGCAGCAGUAGGUCACAAGGAACAAAUCAACUAAUGAACACACUCAGAAAUGACCUUCAGUUAAGUGAAUCAGGAAGUGACAGUGAUGACUAAAGGACAAGUCUCCUUUCUGUAUAUAUGUUAUUUUUUGUAUGUAUAUAUUUGCACAAAUGCAGCAAACAAGCCAUGGGCUGAAAUGUCACAGUCAUAAAACUGUUAAAGGCUGUAAAGUCUGAAUUAGGCAGCUCUAGCUCUGUGUGUUUACUAGGAUGAAUGGGGAUGCAGUUCAUGGACUGGAGACUGAGCGAUUAUUUGCUGAAAUAGUAAUAGUUACCAUUCUCAAAUGGUAAUAAUGCAGGACAAAUAUCCAUAGCUAUUACCCACAAACUUGUUGCUCAUUUGCAGUGCAAGUAAUGUGUGCUUUCUUGUAGCCAUCACCAGUAUAAUAAGUACACCUUGCGUUGGUUCUUUUCUCUCUACUAUACUAAUAUAAGUGAUUUGAUGGAACCUGAACAUAUGCAACAUUCUCUUAGCAUGCAGUGAUAUUAAUAAAAAUUCAUGAAAGAAAUGGCAGCUGAGUACUCUCUGAACUGCCCAUGUCAUGUGCCAACUAAAAGGCCAUAAAUAAUUACUGACUAGGGUUGAUGCAGUCAUCUAUUACCUUCAGGACAGGUACUGAAACAGACAUGAUUAUUGCCAGCAGUACCCUCCAGUACUAGAUAAUUUGUUUUCUAGACUAGAGAUGAAUAAAAAGGCAGGCCUACAAAUGUGGAACUAUAUUCAUUAGACAGAUUGAGAUCAUAGCAAGUCAUUAAUUAUUGUAUUAUCCUUCUCUAGCUCCUUAUAUAAAUGACCGCAUGUGUGUGUGAAUAUGAUAAGGACUUAGAUUGUUAACUCCAUGGGACAGGGACUGGUGUGAAUGAUGUUUAAUCUCAAUUUAAAAAGAUGCAUAUUCUGGGCAGUAUGCAGGCAGAGUAUAGACAUUCACUUACUCACUCCUCAAUUGCAUGCUAUUUCUGAUAACCCUGUACUUCCUGGUCAGUGGGAAGUGUAAAGUACAGGGCUUCCUUGCUAAUGUGCCUCUGUACCUCAUUCACACAAAAAGGUGCAGGGGCAUUUGAGCUAAACUAAUUGAUCUCCUUACAGCAUUUUAAUUUGUUCAUACUUGUAUGAGACUUUGCAUCAGCGUUUGACAAUAAAGACCUUAAAUAUCCAGGGUGCUUAACAAAAUGUUUACUCUUUAGGCAUUUUCUUCUUUUUCUUUCAAUCUUCUCUCUGGCCUUUUGUCCCAUUUUUACCCUGCAUGGUGGUUCAGGGGUUUGGGUUGCUGCCUUGAUUUAAUUUCCAACCAUGGUGCCAUGUGCAAGUAACCUUAGGGUUUCUCCCACAUUCCAGUAUCUACUUCACUAAUACAGGUGGGUUAGAUGGCCCUUAUGAAAUAGAGUGUGUGUGUGUUUGUUGUGUGAAUGUGACUAGGUAAAUUCUAAGCUUCCACUGGCGCAGGGACUGUUGUGAAUGAUAAACUAUUUCUGCACUGCAUAAUAUGAUAAAAUAACCCAUUUUUUCAUUAUGCUCUCCUCAAUCCCCUUU